AUGUCCGACAACACCCCCGAUCUCUCUUCUGUCCUAGCAACCCUCUCAGCAUUAUCCAACCAAUCCCAAGCUCAAGCUCAAGCUCAAGCUCACCUACAACAACAACACCAACCUCCAUAUAUCUCUAACAAGAAUCCUCAAAAUGUCCCUGAAGACGACACAGACACCUACGAACCCUCUGAAACCAUCAUCCCCCUAACCCCAUCCCCAAACAUACCCCACCCCAAACCCCAACCCCAUCCCCAGCAUCAAAAACCCACCUUGCACCUCCCCGACACCUCCACAAUCACAGCCUGGCCCCCUGCGUUAAAAAGUAUCAUGCGGACCCUCUCUACUAACGAGGAUCUGCAGCGGAAGAUCCGCUUCCUGAUCCAGCGCCAGCAUGAUCAUGAACGCCAGUGGUGGGCGGGGAGGGAGGCGCUGGUGCGAAAGCAGAAGGCCAGGGUGGAGAAGAAGAAGGAGUUGGAUGCUGUUCUACGGUCUGUGGGCGCGCCGGUUGAUGAGAAGGAGAUUUCGACAGUCGAAGAAGACCGCGCGGAGUUGACCAACUACGAUGGGAAGGUCUACAAGGCGUCGAAGCAGAUGGCCGAUGCCAUGACCGGAGAGCUUCGGGCAUUGCAGAUCCCCUUUUUCAGUAUUAAGCCGAGCCUGGUCUUCGACUCGGUCGGGUCGACUCACCUUCCUGGCAUCGGGAGGGAUGAACUCGCAGCGCUCCGACGGAGGAUGUUGGAGUUGUUGCAGGACUUUUGUAAGGAGUGA